GCGCGGAAGGAUCGCUGCGGAGGGAUCGAAACAAAGGUCACGUGGUAGAUGCGGAGCAAACCCGACCACAUUUGUUCCGUAGACGCCGACGCGGUCACACUCAUGGCCGAUGCUGAAGCGAGCACUGCGAUGGCAGACGAGGCCAGGCCCGACGAAAAGACGGUGCAAGUGCUGCGAGACUUGGCCAACCGCCUGCGCAUCCAUGCCAUCAGGGCCACGUGUGCCUCAAGCUCUGGCCACCCCAUGUCAUGCAGCAGUGCCGCCGAGAUCAUGUCUGUGCUGUUCUUCCACACGAUGAGGUAUAAACAAUCAGACCCGGAGAACCCGGACAAUGACCGAUUCAUCCUCUCAAAGAGACUGUCAUUUGUUGAUGUGGCAACAGGAUGGCUCGGGCAGGGACUGGGGGCCGCAUGCGGGAUGGCAUAUACUGGCAAGUACUUUGACAAGGCCAGCUACCGGGUAUUCUGCCUCAUGGGAGAUGGCGAGUCCUCAGAAGGCUCCGUCUGGGAAGCAUUGGCCUUCGCUUCCUACUAUGGUCUGGACAAUCUCGUGGCAAUUUUUGAUGUGAACCGCCUGGGACACAGUGGUACCUUGCCCGCUGAACACUGCAUAGAUAUCUAUCAGAAGCGCUGUGAAGCCUUUGGGUGGAAUACUUACGUGGUGGAUGGCCGUGAUGUGGAGGCGCUAUGCCGAGUGUUCUGGCAGGCAACUCAAGUAAAGAGCAAGCCCACUGCUGUGGUUGCCAAGACCUUCAAGGGCCGGGGCUUGCCAAACGUUGAGGAUGCAGAAAAUUGGUAUGGAAAGCCAAUGUCAAAAGAAAGAGCAGAUGCAAUUAUCAAAUUAAUUGAGAGCCAGAUACAGACCAACAGGAAUCCUGUACCAAAACCCCCUAUUGAAGAUUCACCUCAAAUCAGCAUCAUGGAUAUAGAAAUGACCUCUCUACCUGCUUACAAAGUUGGUGACAAGAUGGCUACUCUGAAAGCAUGUGGUUUUGCUCUGGCCAAGCUGGGCCAUGCAAAUGACAGAGUCAUUGUGCUGGAUGGUGACACCAAGAACACUACCUUCUCUGAGAUAUUUAAGAAAGAGCACCCAGAGCGGUUCAUUGAGUGUCUUAUUGCUGAGCAAAACAUGGUGAGUGUGGCACUGGGCUGUGCCACCCGUGGUCGGACCAUUGCUUUUGCUAGCACCUUUGGUGCCUUUUUGACCCGAGCAUUUGAUCAGAUCCGGAUGGGAGUCAUCUCUCAAACCAACAUCAACCUCAUUGGCUCCCACUGUGGAGUAUCUGUCGGUGAAGACAGCCCCUCCCAAAUGGCACUGGAGGAUAUGGCCAUGUUCCGAGCCAUUCCCGACUGCAUUGUUUUCUAUCCAAGUGAUGCUGUCUCGAUGGAGCACGCUCUUUAUCUGGCGGCCAAUGCCAAGGGAAUGUGCUUCAUUCGAACCACCCGACCAGAGACUGCCGUUAUUUACACCCCACAAGAAACCUUUGAGAUCGGACAGGCCAAGGUCAUCCGCCACAGUGACAGUGACAAAGUUACAGUUAUUGGAGCUGGAGUUACUCUGCACGAAGCCUUAGCAGCUGCUGAUGAUCUUUCUAAACAAGAUAUUUCAAUCCGUGUCAUCGACCUGUUUACCAUCAAACCCCUGGACGCUGCCACCAUCAUUUCCAGUGCAAAAGCUACAGGCGGCCGGGUCAUCACAGUGGAGGAUCAUUACCCAGAAGGCGGCAUUGGGGAAGCUGUCUGUGCGGCCAUCUCCAUGGAGCCUGACAUCCUGGUUCAUCAGCUAGCGGUGUCGGGAGUGCCUCGGAAUGGGAAGCCGGAUGAGCUGCUGGAUAUGUUUGGGAUCAGUGCCAGACACAUUAUUGCGGCCGUGAAAUGCAUUUCAGUGAAUUAAAAUGUUUACCUUACAUCUAUGCUUGUUCCAAAACCAUCAUUUUAAAACACAUACUGUUUUGUUCUUUUUAAAAGCAAAGCCAGGUAACACCCUUCUUCAUUCCUAAUUCAGAAAUUCAAGUUAACUAUUUUUCUUUUAAACUAUAACUGCAUAUACAAGUGUUAUCUUUUUUUAUCAUUAGAGUGAGUAAUAAGAUUUUAAGUGACAAAAUAGGUAACAAAGCAACCACCUGAUACUAAAUUUUCUGACAAGACUACAGAUGACUGGGCUAAGGAUCAAUGUAGAGUACCAGUUUCUUAAAUGUGUGUUUCCCUUGCAAGCAGAGACAACGUAACUUUUAUAGUGCUAUAGCGCCAUGAUACAUACUGCUGUUCCCAGUUUGAGAUUCCAUGCUCUGCCUUCCUACCUGCAGUUUCCUGGGUAACGUGUGACUGCAGUUGCCCUGUAAUUUUAUUCGAUGUUUGGCCUCAUCUCCCCUCCACAAUUCGGAGGCUGUGAAGCAGCAGCAAAAGCUGUUAGCAUGUCAUGUGCUGCUUGUGGUGACCAUUCUGUGAAGAGAUGAGAGCACAACUAGUUGUAGUCUCCACACUAUACUGUUCAAUGUUAAUAAAGCAUCUCAAAACCA